ACAGCUUUCUUUCUACUGCAAUUUAUUCUUUUGCUCUAUAUAUUUUGCUGGCAAAUUGUCACCUCAGUAAUGGCAAAAGAUUCUACAAACACAUCAAAAUCCUUAUACUAAACCGACUGUUUUACAACAAAAGCAUAUUGCGUGCAUAAAAAGCAGUCUUAAUCGACCACAUUUUGGGAUUUUAGUUAGGCAUGUUGGUUUCAACCCAGAUCCAUUGAUGGAAAAACAAAGAGAAGAAAAGGGUGUCCCAGUUGCGGGAAAAGAAGAACAAUAAACAAACAAAAAAGGAGAGGCCAUUAGUGUCAUUUGCAAAGAACCAUUCAUUCUUAAAUGUUCGUCGCAUCUCCCCAAAACUUUCCUCUCCACUCUCUCUUAUCUAUCACCUUUCCUCUUUCUCCACUUUUCCUUAAGCCUUAAGUCUUCUCGUCUUCUUCUUCUUCCUUCUUCUACCUUUUCUCAUUUUCUUUUAACACAAAACAACACGCAACAAAUUUAGGAAAGCCAUCUCCAUCUCUUAUUUCUUUUUCAAUGGCGGAUACGGACGUCUAUAUGAGGCACAAACUUCUAAAAACAGAGCAAAACAGGGCAAACCCAAGUAAGUUCUAUACACAUUUCCUUUACAAAGCUCUCAUAGUGUCAAUUUUCUUAGUCAUACUCCCACUUUUUCCUGCACAAGCUCCCGAAUUUAUCAAUCAAACUCUCCUCACCAGAAGCUGGGAGCUUCUACACCUUCUCUUUGUUGGUAUUGCUGUCUCUUACGGCCUCUUUAGUCAACGAAACAAUGAAGUAGAAAAGGAAAAUAGUAGUCCUUCAAAUAGUCCAUCAAAAUUUGAAAAUGCUCAAACCUAUGUGUCCAGACUUCUUCAAGUGUCAUCAGUUUUUGAUGAAGAGGGUGAAAUUUUGUCGGGGUCUGAUGACAACAAGGUCCAAACGUGGAGUAACCAGUACUAUAGAAACGAACCUGUAGUUGUUGUAGCUAAUGAGCAUUCUGUUGAACAGAGAGGUACUGGUUCAAGAAUCGGAGAAAAACCUCUUCUUUUACCUGUUAGGAGUUUGAAGUCGCGUGUUUCAGAUUCAAUGAAUGUUGAAUCUAUCAGAGAAACAAAUAAUAAAUCUGCUGCUCACCGUAGGUCGAAUUCUUAUUCUGGUUCAAGAAGAUUUUCAGGCAGUUCUAACAAAUUCAAAAAUGGGGAAUUGGGAGGCUCGGAUCAUGUGAAUUUGGAGGAUAGAGUAAAUGAAAAUGUGGUUCUUCCAUCUCCAAUUCCAUGGAGAUCAAGAUCAGGUAGAAUGGAAAUGAAAGAAGAUGUUGGUAGUCCAAAUCCUCCCAUGUUUAAUAUGCCUCGUUCAGUGGAGGAACUUGAAUUGAACCAACACGAAGCACGGUCUUCUAGGCCUCAAGUGCCUCGAUCAUCUCGAUCCAAUUCUACGUCUUCUUCUCCAAAACUGUCUCCUUCAUCGUCUUUAUCUUCUCCAAAGAAGUCAUCUUCUUCACCUUCGAUAUCCUCCUCGGAGUCUCAAGCAAAGAAUUCAGAGGACUCAAUAAGGAAGAAGUGCUUUUGUCGGCCUCCUCCUCCUCCUCCUCCUCCACCCCCACAAUUCACCCAUAGAUCUUCGUCCAUGAAAGCUAGUUACAAUUUGAAUAAGGAGGGGUCAUUCACUGAAAAGUAUUUCCAGCGAAGCCUCACCAGCGAACCAAAGGACUCGAGUAUGAGCAGGGCGAGUGCAAUGGGGAAAUCAGUCAGAAUGCUUAGACCCAGUGAUCAAGACUUUGAAGAUAGUGGACAUGUCAAAGCCGAGAGAUGGUCUAAGGAAGUUGAUGCAACUUCAAUGGAGAAAGGAGGAAGAAAAACAGUAACAUUCGAUCAGACAUCCUUCAAGACUGAGAAGCUGAACCGUGAAAGUAUGACUUAUAUGCCAAAGCCAACUUUCAAGGAGGCUCCAACGCAAGAAAAGGAGGAGUUUAUCGAUAAGGUGAUGGUGGAAACUGAUGUAGAUUCAGAGAUUGAAGAUGAAGAAUAUGAUGAUGAAACUGGAGAAAGUCCAAUUUUUUCCAACACAGAAAGAAGCUCAAACAAUAAAGAAGCAAGUUCAAGCAGUGUGAAUGAUGGACCUCCUGAUGUUGAUAAGAAGGCGGAUGAGUUCAUAGCCAAAUUCAGAGAGCAAAUAAGGCUUCAGAGAAUUGAAUCUAUCAAGAGAUCAAGUGCACAAAUUAGUCGAAACUCAUCAAGGUAAUCCAGGAUAUAGAUUCAAUCUAUAUAUGAUGUCAUUCAACUUCAUCGUUAAACUUUUUUUCUUUGUUCUUAUUGUAAGCAUAGACAGAAUUAUCUGGUUUCAGUUUUUUUCAAUUUAAGCUGAUGUUAUACAGAGAUAAGUUUGGUUGAAUUCUAUGCAACCAACAAUUACGUUACAGAAAAGUUGUCUUCA